AAGAAAGUCUGGUAUAUAUUAGGUGUACAUUGUUUUAUUAAUGAUGUGCCAGGCAAAUAUAUCGUUUUCAACAACUAUACACACCCUAGUUGACAAAAUAUUAUUUAUGGGACCUCAAUAGGUAACAUGCCUUGCUCCCUCAGCGCCUACACAGAAAAAAAUGAGUUCUGACUUCCCUCUUGCCCAUCUUAGGUUUGAAUCUGCUGUUAGUGACAGUAACUUUUUCUUUUCUUUUUUUUUUACUUUGCUUAGAUCAGAAGGCACACAGUUGCCAUUUCUAAGACUCAACUACAAAUCUUUUAAUAACAAAGAGGGGGAGGGGAUCAGAUGAGUGAAGCAGCCUGGCCCAGGGUCUCCUGCGGGCAUUGAGGGGGGCUUUGAUCGGACAAAUCCAAUUAUUGGUGUCUAUACAUUUCCCACAUAGUGAUUACUUCAUUAAUUGUCCCGCCUUUAUCUCCUCCCUUGCCUUCCCCAGAAUAAUCGUUCCUUUUAUCCCAAGCAACAAACACACCAGAGGAGCUCAGUACAUUCAAAGGCUCAGCGGUGCUUUGAUGAUUGGGCAGCGGCAAACUUCAAAGGGCCCGCAGCUCCUUCCUCACUGGCUGGCGGCUUCUCCAAAGUCCUUAUCAAAUUUGAAGAAAUGCCCCCCUCCCUUCCUAUGUAGCUCUUCAGCUUGCCCAAGCAGAGCUGUAAGAAGCAAAGCGUAAACUCCUUCAGGACAUCGGAUCUGCUGCUUCUGCCAUUCGCCAGCUCCUUAUUGUAACUUGCCCAACUCGUUUGCCCUUGUAAGACCAGGGCCCCCAUGGCUGCUGCUGCUGUCGCCGUCCUCUGCCGGGAUUCAUUACAAGCCUUUUUACAGGAUCGCACUCCUAACUCCACACCGGAAUCCAUGAAACACUCGCCAUUGGCUCUUUUAGCAGCAACAUGUAGCCGGAUCGGGCAGGGGUCAUCCACUCACUCGGAUUAUCUUCAGGUGCAGUAUGAGCCACCUCUAGGAUCUCCCUCCAGGAUUUUUCAUCCCUGGACAAACGAUCUGUCUGUAAAUUCUGGACCAUCAGGCCUAACCCUGACACCACCAAAGACACAGCUUACUCAUCAUUUACAACAUUUUGGGUCCCACGAGCUGCCAUUGACACCACCAGCUGAUCCUCCUUAUCAUUAUGAGUUGUCACCGGUGAAGAUGAUGCAGUCCAGCAUGUCAGCCCUGCCUUCUAACUGCCCAUCUGCCUACGUCUCCAACUUAUCAGCCCUGCCUCCUAACUGCCCAUCUGCCUACGUCUCGGGCGCUGUAGCCUAUGCUGCCCCAGCACCUAUCCCACAGGCUAUGCCAGCAUUAAUCCACAGCCACUCGAACUUGUUGCACCACCAACCAAGGCAAAUGUCUCCAAGUCAGGCAGAGGAUAUCCCCUGGUGGAGUAUUCAGCAGGGCAGUAGCCCUGUUAGCCAUACACCCUCUUUAGGGGCUCACCGGUUCCCUAUCCAAAGGGGGGUAAUGCUGGGGCACCCUGAUUUUUCCCAGUACCAGACCCAGAUCGCUGCUUUGCUCCAUACAAAGUCCCCACUGACAGCGAGGAGAUGCCGGCGAUGCAGAUGCCCCAACUGCCAGUCCAACAACAUCAGCGAAGAACCAGGUAAAAAGAAGCAGCACAUCUGUCACAUUCCUGGCUGCGGCAAGGUUUAUGGGAAAACGUCGCACCUGAAAGCGCACCUAAGGUGGCAUUCGGGCGAGAGACCGUUUGUUUGCAACUGGCUGUUUUGUGGCAAAAGUUUCACCCGCUCAGAUGAACUGCAAAGGCACCUGAGGACUCAUACAGGAGAGAAGCGGUUUGUGUGCCCGGAGUGUGCCAAAAGAUUUAUGAGGAGCGACCAUCUGGCCAAACAUGUAAAAACUCACCAGAACAAAAAAUGUAAAGUUGUGGAUAGGGCUUCAGAUAUCAUCAAAAGGGAAGACAACAGGAUACAAUAGCAAUAUGGAUGCCAACUUAAAAAUAUUUCAUUAGUGCAGUGCAUACCUCUCAACGGUACAGAUUUUCGCAGAAUGUGAAGAUGUUUGCCUCAUAUUUUUGGUCUCUUCCUCAUAAAAAUGUUUUCUUGACAAACCACUGAAAGAAUCUAAGGAUUAAAAUCACUAAAUAGUGACACGCACUUCCGUUUUAGACUUCAUAUCCUUCAGAAAAUGCAUGCUAACACAAAUCUUGUUAUUCUAGCAACUUUGUAAGUUUUUAUAAGAGCAAUAUUCAAAAUGUGUCCCCAUUUUUGGGGCUUUGUCCAGAUUUCUUGCACUAAGAGGUUGAGAGGUAUGGUGCAGUGCAAUAACUCCAGAACUACCAAAACACAAGGACUGUAAAUAUUGUUUUGUUAACUGGUACUACUCGUUUCUUGGCAAUCUCUUCAACACUUUGAACAGACCUGCUCAAAAAUUUAAAUGUCGAAUAAAGGAUUUAAAAAGCAAAACAGAUCAGGGUCUGAGGGUGCCUAUCAUUGAACUGGAUUUUUAACUCGAUCAUUUUAGUCCUUGCAGCUUAUGUUUCCUGUUGGAUAUUCACUGUGGAAGUUCACAAACUUUUUUUUGCCUUUGCACGAUGAACACAUGUUUGUGUGGAUACAGUUUAAUAGAUUUGAACUGACAGUUUUAUCAUACAUAUUCAGAUAUUCCGGGCCCCACGUAGGGAACUCCUUUCAUCUUGCUAUGACAAAGCAUUAAGUGCUCCAGCAAUUCGACCCGGAACUGUGAAAAUAAAGAACUCCCUGCUCCUUAAUCCCUGCUGAGUCGGGGGGUUUGAUCAUUUCUUCUUGUUCUUAGACUUUGAAAUUUUCCUGUCAUCAGAAAGACUAAUGCAGAGAAAGGCUGUACUGAGUGACAUUAGUUCUAACUUUAUAAAUCACCAGAGAACCUGGCACAGCCAAGAUAAUACUGCCAGGUUUGUGGCAAUCACUGGCACUGAAAGCUGACUGCUAAAACUGUAUUUUUGUAUUCCAGUUAUGAAAAAGCACAUGUUUUGCUGUCUUGCAAAAUAUUAAAGCAUGCUCUUAAAUACAAUCAGUUUCUUAUUGAAUAAUGGGGUAGCAUGCUCUUAAAUACAAUCAGUUUCUUAUUGAAUAAUGGGACUUUAGCCUAGCAAUCCCACCAAUCCUUCAUAGUACAUUUGCAGAUUCUGAAAAAAAAUAGAUGUUAACCACAGAUGCUUCUGCCUACAUCAGCUUUGGAACACAUAACUGUUAAUCUGUGUGACUGGCAUUUUCCAGAAAUGUGCCUAUGUGCCUAGAAUACCCCCCCCCCCCCUGCUGUCUUAUGAUACCCACACUCAUUGUUAAUAGAGAAAAAGCAAUUUACUGUAACCUAAAACUAUGACACAAAAAUAUUUGUCUAAAUUAGAAAAAAAAUUAGACAGAUGCACAC